AUGAAGAGAAAAUUGUCUAUCACAACAUCGGAUCGACUCGCUCGUCCUCAAUCUUUGAUAUUGAAAGGAUCCACAUGUCCAACUCUGCUAAAUGCGUUCGAGGAAGUGCUCAAGGAUAGGCCAGAGCCCGGUUGGGCACUCGAGCACUCUCGCUACCAGGAAGAGGAGCUCGAAAACGUCAGCGUGGUCCACAGGAAGCCCGAGCGCUUUGGCGACUACGUUGCAGCCCUCAUGGUGGGCACUUUGCGAUAUGGCUUCGACAUCGCGACGAGAUACCCCAAACACCGAGAGCGCUUCCCCAGGGUGAAGGGCUCCGACGACACCGUCGUCAAAGUCGGCCUGCCCAAGGUGGAGGAAAUGAUGAAACCCAUCGUCCAGCGCAUUCAGGGAAAGAAGGAUGAAGAGCUGCCUGAAGAAAUGUCGCUGGGCGAGAUGCGUCGCCGAAACCUUUCCUUUGGACCCGAGCAGUGGCUCAUCCGUAUCGUCUUUCUGGAGUCCAUCGCUGGUGUCCCCGGCAUGGUUGCUGCCGCAUGUAGGCACCUUCAUUCGCUCCGCCUGCUCCGUCGCGACAAGGGCUGGAUCCACACAAUGCUCGAGGACGCGGCAAACGAGCGACAGCACCUUCUCGUCGCGCUGAAGCUCUACCAGCCGGGCAUCUUCAUGCGCACCUUGCUCCUGUUCGCCCAAGGUAUCUUCUUCAACUUUUUCUUCCUCUUCUAUCUCGUCGCUCCCCGCGUCGCUCACCGCUUCGUCGGUGUGCUCGAGGAGGAGGCCGUCUACACAUACUCGAGGAUUGUUGACGACAUCCGCAGUGGUCGUUUGCCCGAGUGGGACGCAUACCCGGCCCCGCAGAUCGCCAUCGACUACUGGGGUCUGAAGCACGACGCAAAGAUCCUCGACGUGAUGCGAGCGCUGCGGAGCGAUGAAGCCAACCAUCGCUACAUAAAUCACACACUCGCCGGGCUUAAGAGCGACGACUUCAACCCAUUUGCCUUUGGGGAUGCUCCCCCAAUGGAGAGAGGAAGGACGUGGGGCAUGACGAGGGACGAGGCGAUUGCCUACUUUGAACGUGAGGAUGCGAAACGUAGGGGCAUCUCGAUCCAAGAAGGUCGCAAAGAGCGCCAGGAAGAGCGAGAGGAAGGACAAAAACCUUUCGAAGGCUCAAAGGGAACACCUGUUUAGAUCUGAGAUGUGGGCUUGCAUUGAAGAAACGACUCGCGUCUGUAUUCUCAGGAAAUAUCCAUACCACCGCUUCUUCAGCUGCUACAGUCUGAUAUGUCUGAAAAGAGGUAGAUUGUUCCUAGUAGGUUGCUGACCACAACCAUGGCUGAUUUACAGUCGUACGCGUCGGAGCUUCUGCGCCCGCGUCUCGAGGUCCUCACGCCGGGCCCGGUGAUCCCGGAGGCCCAGUGAAUUGAAGACCUUUUGAACGAGACCCGGCACGCCGCUGUAGGUUGGCUUGGGCACCUGCGAGGCCGUCU